AUGUCGGGAUCUGAGCUGACCUCGGGCCAAGCAGCCCGUCGAGAUAGCUGGCAGGCAGCCGACAGCUUCCACGUCAACCAAGUCAGCACAUUCGAAGAAGAUCGACCUCCAACCUCGUCCAAGUCCCCUUCUGAGAUCCUGUCCGACGUCUAUCGAGGCAUCAGGAAAGCCAUCCCGACCCGUGAAGACUCUUUUAAGAUUGGAAGAGCACCUUCGAGGCUAGCUCUGAAAGCCUUCAACCCCAACUCGACACCCUUCCCACCGAGACACCAUUCGCCGUUACAACAUGCCCGGGGCCUGAGUCUGCAGAACAGCCUCGAGAAACCCCUGCCUGCGCCGCCCGCUGUUACGAGCCCCGUCACACCUCAACCGUCAGCUACCAACGCCGAGAGUUAUCUCCAAGACAUCGUGGACAGCGAUAUCGAAGAAGCAGCGCCCAUGGAGAGCCGGUCCAACAGCCGGUCCAACAGCCGGAACAACAGCCGGAACAACAGCCGGUCCAACACGAUGGACUCCAACGCUUCCUUGGCCGGAGCACAGAUGUAUAAUGGAGGUCUACAAGAUAUGAGCGGCCGUCAGAGCAGCGCGGCAAGCUAUUCGAGAAAUGACGGCGGAGAAGGCCAGAAGGACAGCCUGACUCCUCGGAGUAAUGGGCCACUCUCGGCAGGUCCUUCGCCGCCCGUCGCGUCCUGGAGCCGAGCGCCGCCCGUGGGCACGGCCGUCGGCACGCCCUCGACUUCGGGAUCCUCGGCCCACCUGUCCGGGCUGAUGUGCAAUGUACAUCGCACCACGGGCCGGGAGCCUCACCCCCUCGUCGGAGCAACGACUACGAUAGUGGGGGAUAAGUUAUACGUCUUUGGUGGAAGGAUACUCUCGCGGAGUCGACCCGCGCCGCUUACUUCAGACUUGUACGAGCUGGACCUGAUCAGGAGACAUUGGACCAAGCUCGAAACCACCGGCGAUGUGCCCCCACCCCGGUACUUCCAUUCGAUGUGUGCGCUGGGAGACACGAAGCUGGUCUGCUACGGAGGCAUGUCACCGACAACGAGCCAGCCCACCUCGGCAUCGCAGGAUCAGCAGCCUGAAGUGACCGUCAUGUCGGAUAUCUACAUCUAUGAUGUCCCAACCAAGAAGUGGACCUAUAUCCCUUCGCAAGAUGCGCCCCAAGGCCGGUAUGCCCAUUGCGCCUGUAUAUUACCCUCCUCUGCGACGUUCUCAUCCCACAAGGCCCCGCUGUCGGCGCUUCAGCACAAUCCGUCCAGCGGGAACCCCAACGAGGGGAGAAUCGGUAUCAAUAUCGACGGUGCAGGGGGGGCCGAGAUGAUCGUGGUUGGCGGGCAAGACGGCGCGAAUCACUACAUUGAACAGAUUAGCGUUUUCAACCUCCGCAGCCUGAAAUGGACCUCGACACAGCCACUUGAAAAGUCCUGCGGCGCGUAUCGUAGUGUCGUGGCCUCUCUUCCGCCGUCUGUCACGGCCAGAAUUGGCAAGGCCCAUACCAGCAACUCACGCCAGGAGGGGGGAAUUAGCCAGGAGGCCAAGGAGCCGGGCUCGUCCAUGCUCAUUUAUUCCAACUACAACUUCCUGGACGUGAAGCUGGAGCUGCAGGUACGGGGGUCGGACGGGUCCUUGGCGGAAAAGCCCAUGUCAGGAAGCUUCUCGCCGCCCGGGCUGCGCUUUCCCAACGGUGGUGUCAUAGACACAUACUUUGUGGUCAGCGGCACGUAUCUCACGAGCUCCAAGCAGGAGUAUGCGCUUUGGGCACUGGACCUGAGGAGUCUGACAUGGUCGCGAAUCGACGCGGGCGGGAGCGUCUUUAGUCAGGGCAGCUGGAACCGAGGGAUUCUGUGGAACAGGAGGAACACGUUUGUGAUCCUGGGCAACCGGAAGAGGAGCCUUGUCGACGACUACAAUCACCGGCGAAUCAACUUCUCCAAUGUGUGCAUGGUCGAGCUGGAGGCGUUUGGCUUCUACGACAACCCCCGCAAGACCACACCCAUGGCGGGCCUCGUGUCAGCCAGCAGCCCUUUCACGGCGCCCGGUCUAAGCUUGGCGCGGAAGGCCGGCUGGACGGCUGGAGGCCGGUAUCACUCGCGCGCGGCCGAGGAGCUGGGCGAGAAGGCUUUGGCGCUUCGUGAGCUCGCAGACAUGGACAUCCUGUGCAUCGGUGGGGAGCGGAUACCCAUCAACUCGAGGAUUGUCGGGCGGCGGUGGGGACCUUACUUCGUGCAGUUGUUGCGCGAGGGGGCGGCCACGCAAGACGGCAGCGAUUCGGCAACGUUAAGAACGGGCAUGUCCAGCCAGGCGGGCGCGCGCAUGUCGACCAUGACCAUCACGCAGUCCAACCGGAACACGGGCGACAGCAGCAGCCUGUCGAUGGCCUCGACGCUCGGCAACGCGUCGUCGGCCGGGUCCAUGAAGCCACCCAGCACGGCGGGCACGUCGGUGUCGGGCAGCAGUGGCUCGACGGAUGCGAGCAUGAUCAACGCGGCACCGACGCCGGCAUCCCUACCGCCCAACACGCGGCCGCGGUGCUUGUAUCUGCCGCACACAUAUCUCACGAUCCAGGCGCUCCUCCACUUCCUCUACACGUCGUCCCUCCCCCCACCGUCGUCGUCACUCUGUACGCCACAGAUCCUCUGCUCGCUCCUGCAGAUCGCACGGCCCUACAAGAUCGAUGGGCUUCUCGAGGCAGUGGUUGAGCGACUCCACGCCCUACUGGACUCGCGCAAUGCGGCGGCCGUGUUCAACGCCACGGCCAUGGCAGCGGGUGGUGGGCGUGGUAUCGACGGCAGCAUGAACCCCAACUUCUUCAUGACGGCGGACUCGUCUCUGACAGUAGGCGCAGGCACGGCUGGCGGCAGUCGAUCCACGUCGGUAUCGCAGCCCGGCCUCGACGGUGCGACGGGUGGAAUGAGAGGCCUCCGCAUCAAUACGAGCGUACCGGGUCACAGGGCGGGUAGCGACGAGCUCAGCGCGUCGACGAGCGCAUCGGGCAGCGAGUGGAGCAGCGAGCUCGGCGACAGUGAACGUGGAGCUAUCAAGGAGAUCUGGAGCGGGGAGUUGAGCAGCGUGAUCGGGCUACAGAAACGGGGCCUGCGGGGCUUGAUGGAGGGAAGACGGAUGAGAGCGACGGUAGACCGUGAACGUGAUGGCGGACGAGGAGAGAGACAGGCGGCGUCGGACAGGUUCGGACAGCGAGUAGGCUUGGGUAUUGCCGGCUCCUAG